UUGACAGAAUAAAUGGUAAAUUCCAUUACAUGGCAAUAUUUGCUUAUAAUUAUCUAAUAGUUAUAAUUAAGUGGUCUAAUUCAACAUCUGGGCGGUUAUCAACCCAAAGUAGUAGGAGAGCGAUUGGAAAUUAGCUGCGAAUACGAGUACCACUCAUUCAGAGUCGCACCCUAGAUUUAAAAGAAGCGGUGCACGGCGCAGUAUUCGUACAAGAGUGCGUCCCCGAAGUUUUGGAAUUGAAAAAGAAAGUAUUCCAAGCUGUCGAUGACGUGUGCAGUGAGACCACUAUUCUGUCAAGUUCAACUUCCACAUUUGUACCUUCAUUAUUUACGGAAAAUCUUAAAAAUAAGAAAAAUGCCGUAGUCUCGCAUCCAGUCAAUCCACCGUACUACGUACCGUUGGUCGAGAUUGUUCCAGCGCCUUGGACUGACCCAGCUACUGUGAAGAAGACGCGAGAAUUAAUGACAGAAAUCGGACAGGCGCCCGUUUCCUUGUCACGCGAAAUCCCAGGCUUUGCGCUGAACAGAAUUCAAUAUGCCAUAUUAAACGAAUGUUGGAGUCUUGUGGCCGAUGGAGUUGUGAACGUUGAAGAUGUCGAUAAGGUGAUGUCGCAAGGUUUGGGUUGGAGGUACGCGUUUUUAGGUCCAUUGGAAACGGCUCAUUUGAACGCGGAAGGAUGGAUGGAUUAUUGCAGUAAAUAUACGAACACAAUCCAUAGCGUCUCGCAAACUUUUAAACCUCUACCAAAAUUCGAGGGGCCGCAAACGAAAGAAGUGGCGAAACAACUUGAAAAGAUGGUUCCUCUUGAACAGUUGCAAGCUAGGCGUAAUUGGAGAGAUUUGUGCCUUACUAAACUAGCAGCUUUAAAAAAAUCGCUAAGUAAGCAAUAAUUGUGAAGUAUAAGUACCUUCCAUGUUAUCAUUUGUUACGCCACUUCUUAACAAUUCACUUGAUUACUGACUAACAAAUGAUCUGGAGAGUAUCAUGCUUUUAAUAAACAUUUUUUUUAAAUUGGCA